AUGAAGCCUUUAUACUCCAGCGAGGGGACAAAUUCGCUGCCCACAUGGCUGCAGAGGUCGACAUCUACUCCGUAUUGCGCAUCAGCACUCAAACUACUCUCCGAACGCGAAAAUAUUCGUGCUGCCGCUCGCGAGGAGUCUCGUCCUCGUGAAGAAACCCACCAUGGGUCGAGGCGCCGAAGAAACUUUGGCCCAGAAGUCAUCGACCACUACUCCGUAGAGACAGGAGCUCAUCCAGAUCAAAUCCACAAGAAUCGCUAUUAUAUGGUGGAACCGUAUGAUCGUAGCCGUGUGGUGGUAGGGUGCGCGGAUGGCGAGGCGUCAGGCGCGGGGGGACAAAGCUGUGGCCGAUAUCUGAACGCGAGUUGGGUGAAGGAACGCUACGGCAGGAAGUGGUGGAUCGCCAAUCAAGCACCUUUGCCGUCUACGGCGCACGCCUUCCUCAGUGUCAUCUUACAGCCAUCCACCUUUCCCCCGACAUCGCUCGAGAACAAGACAAAUAAUAUGGGACGCAUACGCACCGUCGUACAACUUACAAAGAAUACCGAAGGUGGUCGUACGAAGGCUCAUCCAUAUUUCCCAGAUCAAGUUGGACAGUCCCUCGUAUUGAGACCAGAAGACGGUCAUGACGCGCCUGCGUUGAAGUCCACUCUGGUCGAAGUCAAAACCCACGAUGAUGCUUUAUGCAUCGAGAGCACAAUUGCUGUAGUGCCUGUAGCAUGGUACAAAACUCGUCCCGUUCCCAAUAUCCCUGGAGCGCAGGAGGUCUAUCAAUACGGCGAAGACACAGGGAAACCUAUACUAUUUCGACACUUACUCUAUCACGCCUGGCCUGACCAUGGCGUGCCUUCGCGUAGAGAUCAGCCUGCACUCUUGAAUUUUGCUCGCCUGGUGGAUACACUCAACAAGACCCCACUCUCUGCGGAUAUUAUAUCAAGCAGUGAUACGCCCUCCGAUCCACCGGUCAUGGUCGGGUGUUCAGCAGGAAUUGGGCGCACUGGGACAUUUAUCGCCAUAUCAUCCAUCUUGCGUGCUUUUGGGUUAAUAAAUCCUACAACGUUGCAUAACUCUCACCAGGGUCACACCAUGACGUCCCUCCUUCGUAGGCAUCUUCCGUGGCCCUUUGGUAAUGGUUCUAAUCAUCGACCUGUUUCUGAAGAACUUGUGAUGCCGUUCAAGUCACCAUUGGGCCCUAUUCCCCAGGAAUUCGCGGAUGACAUGGUUGUUGAAGAAGUCGAUUCGUUGCGGGAGCAAAGACCUGGAAUGGUGCAGCAGGACCAGCAAAUACUGUUUGUGUAUGAGAUACUCACUUCGGCAUUCAAGCGACAUUAA